CGAAGAAGCCCACGUGUGUGUUUCUAUUCCACAUGGCGGCGCUCCUCAAGAGGCUUCUGCUGGCCGAGCCACACGUGGUGGCCCUCGGGCACCGCGUGGGUCGGCGCGAGGCCAGUCUGGGCCCAGAUCCCGGGGCCACGGUGCGAGUGCGCUUCGCUCCAAGCCCCACAGGCUUCUUGCACCUGGGUGGCCUCCGUACUGCCCUCUACAACUACAUCUUUGCCAAGAAGCACCAAGGGAGCUUCAUUCUGAGGCUGGAGGACACCGAUCAGAGCCGCCUGGUACCAGGGGCAGCAGAAAACAUUGAGGACAUGCUGGAGUGGGCAGGCAUCCCACCUGAUGAAAGUCCCCGCCGGGGUGGUCCUGUAGGGCCCUACCACCAGUCACAGCGGCUGGCUCUGUAUGCCCAAGCCACAGAAGCAUUGCUGAAGUCUGGAGCUGCCUAUCCCUGUUUCUGUUCCCCACGUCGGCUGGAGCUCCUGAAGAAGGAAGCACUGAGGAGCCGUCAGACACCCCGGUAUGACAAUCGGUGCCGGAACCUGAGCCAGGCACAGGUGACCCAGAAACUGGCCAUAGACCCCAAGCCUGCUAUCCGCUUCCGUCUAGAGGAGGCAGUACCAGCCUUCCAGGACCUGGUGUAUGGCUGGACUCAGCAUGAAGUGGCCAGUGUGGAGGGGGACCCAGUAAUCCUGAAAAGUGAUGGCUUUCCCACCUACCACCUAGCCUGUGUGGUAGAUGACCACCACAUGGGCAUCAGCCAUGUGCUGCGGGGCUCUGAGUGGCUGGUCUCCACCUCCAAGCACUUGCUCCUCUACCAGGCCCUGGGCUGGCAGCCACCUCGCUUCGCUCAUCUGCCCCUGCUCCUCAACAGGGAUGGCAGCAAGCUGUCUAAGAGGCAAGGGGACAUUUUCCUGGAACAUUUUGCUGUCACCGGUUUUCUGCCAGAAGCCUUGCUCGACAUCAUCACCAACUGUGGCUCGGGGUUUGCAGAGAACCAAAUGGGCAGGACCCUGCCGGAGCUGAUUGCACAGUUUGACCUGACUCGGAUCACCUGCCACUCAGCCCUGCUGGACCUAGAGAAGCUCCCAGAAUUCAACAGGCUGCACCUCCGCCGGCUGGUAAGCAGUGAGACCCAGAGGUCCCAGUUGGUGCAGAAGUUGCAGGGCCUGGUGAAGGAGGCAUUUGGGAGCGAACUGCAAGACAGGGGUAUUCUGGACCCUGCAUAUAUGGAGCGGAUCCUUCUGCUGAGACAGGGUCACAUCAGCCGUCUGCAGGAUCUGGUCUCCCCAGUGUACUCCUACUUAUGGACCCGCCCUGCUGUCCAUCGAGCAGAGCUGGGCGCCAUCUCGGAAAAGGUGGAUGUGAUUGCCAAACGCUUGCUGGGGCUUUUAGAAAGACCUGGUUUAAGCCUAACUCAGGAUGUGGUGAACAGAGAACUGAAGAAGCUGUCAGAAGGUCUGGAAGGCACCAAGCACAGCAGCGUGAUGAAGCUCCUCCGGAUGGCCCUCAGUGGACAGCUGCAAGGACCCCCUGUGGCUGAGAUGAUGGUGUCCUUGGGCCCAAAGGAAGUGCGGGAACGAAUCCAGAAGGUGCUUUCUAGCUAGGGAGAAGAUACAGAGAGACCAUGGAGUGACCCCGAGAGCCUCUCCCCAUAGGAACUGAAUUCUGAGGAGAGAGAAGGCCUGGGGCCCACCAGGACCCUUUCAGGAUGAACAGCAGCAGAAACAGGCUCUCUGACUACUCCCAUCAGCUGGCCCUCAGGAGCCCAGCCUGUUCACCUUGUUGACUCUGGGAAGGAUGAGCAUGAACUUGUGUCUUGAUUCUUUUCCUUUUUUUUUUAAGAUUUUUUUUUAAUGUAUAUGGAUGUUUUGCCUCCAUGUAUGCAUGUGUAACACAUUGGCAAGAAGGGAGCAUUGGAUCCCCUGGAACUAGAGUUACAGGCAGCUGCAAACUAGAUUUGGGUACUUGGAAUUAAACCCGGGUCUUCUUGAAGAGCAGCCAGUGUUUCAUCACCAAGCCAUCUCUUUAACCCAUUGGGUUGGUUUUCAUGCCACAUUCUACAGCACAUGUUAGGAGCUUGCUUACAGAAAAGAUCAACAUUCCAAACCAGUACAGAGCUGAGGUCAUGGUUCACUAGGCUGCAUAACAGUAUACACAGAAUAUGGUGGCUUAAACAAAAAAGACGAUCUGCUUAGUGUACUAGAGACUGGAAGUCCAGGGUAAGUGUCAUAGGGUCUGUUUCCUAUGGGAGCCUCUCCUAGCUCGCAGACAGCCACAUUUCACAAGUGUCCUCCUCUGUGCACACUUGUCCCUGGUUCCUUUCAGAGUAUCCUUGUCUUUUUCAAGGGCACCAGUCAGUCUAGAUGUUACCCACCCACCCUAAUAGCCUCUUAACAUAAAUAACACCCCUUUAAAGGUCUGGCAUCCAAAUGCCCCCCUACAUUGUAUGAUACUGUGGUUUAGGUUUCUAUGUUCAGAAUAGUUUGUAGGACAUAGCUUAGCCUAGGACAACUCAGUUCCAGCCUGGAUUCAUGGAUCCCAAUCUCAGGCCCCAUAUGGAGUUGGGACCGUAAUGGGCACAAGUAGCUCCACCUAGACAGCAGAUUUUCCUUCAUGAUUGUAAAAGGAGAAGUUACUCUUCCAGCAGGGUAAGCACUUAUGUUUGGGGUUAUUCCUUGUCCUUAUGCUUUAGGCAGCCUCUGUCUCUUUUCAUUGAAGGUCAUCUGUUCCAGUUCCCGAGACCUGAUACUUUGAGUUGUUGUUGGUGUCUUUCAUCAUAUCUACCCUUAUGUCCAUCAUUGCUUGUAAAUAUUUGUACUUGGACCCAGGUUUCCUUUCUUGAAGUCUUAAUUAACUUGGAUUAGUGUAAGUAGGAUGGUGAGGAGGUACAAGACCCCAGCAAGGCUUGCAGCUUCUUCCUUAGGGUAAGCAGUCUUCUGCAGCUAUGCCUCCUCCCUAAGGAGGGCAGGCUGUAAGGGUGUGAUAGAGGCUUGAUCAUAAGGACCUUGCAGCUUCUUUCUGGUUCUUUUACAUCUGCACCUCUGGGAAAGCCAGCUUCCAGGUCAUGAAGAAGCUCAAGCCCUUGUGUCUUGAGGGGUCCAUGUGACAUCAGCGCCUCCUGCCAUGGGCCAUGUGAGUGAACAGUCCUGGAAGCUGGACUUUCAGCCCCAGCCAAGCACCUCCUGAGACACCCAGAGCCAUGACACUCAGGACACUGCAGCUUCAGUCACAGGAUUGGGAGGCAGCAAAUGUUUGUUUAAAGUCACUUGCUCUGGGGAUUAUUCUUACCUAGAGGUAAAUAAACUGCUAUUCUUUCCUUGCCCAGGUGAGUAUGGGAAAGGAUUAAAGAGCUUUUGAACCUUGCUUAGGGAGGAAAAAACCGUUCUUUAUUUGCAAGGAGAUCAAGCUUAAUUUUUUAAAUGUGGUAGAGACAGAACCAAAAAGAAAAAAAAAUCUGUAGAAAAAUCAUAGAACAAAACUACAUUUUAGAGAAAAUGGUGUGCUGGUUAGUUUUUGUUAACUUGACAUAAACUUAGACGCAUCUGAGAAACAGUAGUCUGUUUUGAGACAGAAGGUUGUAUAGUCCUGCUGGUAUUUGGUAUGUAUCCCAGGUUGUCCUCAGAUCCCCAGAGCUCUGCUCUCCUUUACCUCCCCGAGGACCAGGAUCAAAUGCAUGCACCACCAUGUCCAGCUUGGGAAGAGGGAAUCUUUUCUUUUUUUUUUUUUAAGAUUUAUUUAUUUCAGCUGGGCGGUGGUGGCGCACGUCUGUAAUCCCAGCACUUUGGGAGGCAGAGGCAGGUGGAUUUCUGAGUUCGAGGCCAGCGGUCUACAGAGUGAGAUCCAGGACAGCCAGGGCUAUACAGAGAAACCCUGUCGUGAAAAAACCAAAAUCCAAAAAACUAAAAAUAAAAUAAAUUUAAAU